GAUUUCGUUUGAACAUUCUCAAUUUUUGAUCUGUUAGUCGGAAAUGCAGGACGGGUUUCCUGAAACGCAUAACUGUCACUAAAAAGGAAUAAAUUCAUACCUGUUACUGGGCUGCUGAUGAAAUGAGCACAGAAAGAGCUGUAGUAACUGUCCGUUUGAUUCGGUCGUUUGAACAACGUAACAUCAAACACGUCGUUUAUAAGGAUGUAGACCUGUCACAGACAACGGCAGAUUUCAUUCAGUACUUGCUCAAUGAUUUGAAAUCCAGGCCUGGAAUUUCUCCACCUUUCAAGAUGUUUACUUUUGAUACCUUGAAAAUCUCUCACCAGCCGUUUGGUUCAAAGACCACUGACCCAGUGAUCAACAGAGAAAAUGAUGAGGUGCUAGUGUUAAAGCCAGAAGCCACUUUAAAGGAGUCAAAAAUAGUGAAUGAGACAGAGUUAUCUUUCUUCAAGCUUGAAGACUAUAGAGCCUACCAACAAAACCCCCAACUUGUCUGGUGAUGUCAUCGGUCCUGGUGAUGUCAUCGACCCUGUUGAUGUCAUGCGUCUUUGUGAUGUCAUGUGUCCUAGUGGUGUCAUCUGCCCAAGUGAUGUCAUCUGCCCCGGGGGUGUCAUCUGCCCCAUUGAUGUCAUCUGCCCAAGUGAUGUCAUCUGACAAGCUGGCUGGUCUAUCAGUGAAAUGAAGAAGAGUGCUACUGAAAUCAUUGUAAGGUCUACACAUCAUAAGAGUUGAAUCCAGUUCGGUUGAUGUAUAUUUAUAUGCAUUCAUAGUUCUGUACAUAUAAUUAUGAGAAUGCCAUUAUGUCAACCCCUAGGCCAUAUGAAAUUGAUUCUAGGAUAAGUGUCGGGUUCUAAUUUAAAAAUCAACCUACUUGAUUAAAAAAAUGAGUCAUGCAAAAUACAAGUUUUAUUCUCUUGAUAUAUAUCAGUUUUCUCAAAAGAUAACAUCUCAUAUAUACAUUUCCAUUUCCAUACAGUUAGAUAUUUGAACUUCUCUUAUUAUCAUUGUGAUAUAUUUCCUUACUGAGAUCACUGUUCUUUCAAGUAUUUAGUUUUUUUUUAGAUUUUGUUAGAUUUUGUUUUUUUAUCCUGUUUGGCUGAAAAAUUGCCCACUUGAUGAUGCUAAACAUAGAUUCAAUCUGGCUUGGCCAUACAUGUUAUUGAUGUUAAGUGUUACACAUGAUUCUGGUUAUAGUUUAUCUUUCUAAUUAGAAUGUACCGUAUUAUAAUUUUCUAAUGGCCAUAUGGUUUUUUGUCAUUUAAUUAGUCCUUCGAACGCAUAGUUGUUUGACCAUUACGCCCACUUAAAUAGGGGAGGAGGUACAUAGAUUUGUUCUUGUCUGUUUAUCAGGAAUAGUGUAACACAGACUGCUCCUAAAGGGUAACAACUCUAUUGUAACUGUAACCUUUGUGUCAGCUUUCAUUUGAGAGUUAUGUCCCUUGCAUUGACAAGAAUUUUUUUUAUAUAAUAUAUAUUAUAUAAAGAUAUAUAAAUCUAGGGGUGCCUGCAAGACUGGAGUAUGUCCUUCUAUGAAUUCAUGAAAUUCAUGCAAUCCUGCAGGCACCCCUUGACAAACAUGUAGGAUGUUUUUGCACACAUGGUUUCGAAUAUGUCUAAAAGGUUUGACAUAUGCAGUUAUUUAAAGUGACACUCUUAUUCAAAAUCAAUACAUACACAUGUAUAACAAACAUAAAUUUUGAGUGUUAAACCUUUAACCUCUUACUAAAUAAUGCACUUAUGGAAAAUAUUAAUUACUGAUAACAAGAUUGUAAAAGUGUGUUUAAUAGUUAAAAAUGCAAAAAUAUUAAAUGCUUGGUGAGUGCUAAAA